AAUUUUAAUUGUAAUUAAGAAUGGUUUAUAGAAAUAAUCAUGUAUUAAUUUUUUGCUGCGGGGUACAAACCAAAUUUUCGGUGGAUUUGUAAUUUUUUUCCCGAUUGAACGCCCAAAAAGUAUUUGAUUACACAAAUAAUGGUACAAAUAUUUAAACAAUACACUUUUUUUAACAGUCUGCAGUGACAUUCUUUACUUUUUUUACUUUAGUUUUCUUUUGAAUGAUUAGUUCGAAAACAAAAUUUACGCCUACGCGCCUACGUAGUGUAACGAAAAAAAACAAAAAAAAACUUUAUUAUAGUCGCUCAUUUUGAAAUGUUAUCCUUAUGCAUAAAUAGGUUAUCUUUUUCAUUGAAAAAUAUAAUUCUCUUUUGUUACGAAUUUGUUAAAUAUUAGUAAAAUAUGGCCAAUAAAUACGCGAAUAAGCCGCGUUUUUUUUUUAUGAUAUCUAUUGUAGUGUUUUUUAGUAUAUUAUUUGGUUUGAGCACUUUGGUUCAAGCUCAACUUUUGAAUCAAGAAGAAUUUCUUUUAGAAACUGGUAAUUGGUUAGGUGAUAAGGCUGAACAAAUAUUGGAAGAUACUGUCAAUAAAUUUGUUCAUAAUAAAUGGAAUAAUAAACAAGAUAAAUCCGAUGAUGGUUGGGUUAAAGUUUUAUCUCAUGAAGCUUUUCCCGACUAUGAAAUCAAAUUAAAAGAACCAAAAAUUUGUGAUUCUACUGUUAAACAGUAUUCCGGAUAUCUUGAUGUUGGAAGUAAAAAACAUUUCUUCUUUUGGUUCUUUGAAUCAAGGGAUAAUCCUAAAGAAGAUCCUGUUGUUCUUUGGCUUAAUGGAGGUCCAGGAUGUUCUUCUUUGACUGGUUUGUAUUUUGAACUUGGACCAUGUGCUGUUACUGAAGACGGAGCUUCUACGGUUUGGAAUGAACAUUCAUGGAAUAACAAUGCUAGUGUUUUAUUCCUGGAUCAACCUAUAAAUGUUGGUUACUCUUAUGGAGAUGGAGUAUCUAGUACACUUGCUGCAGCAACUGAUGUUUACGCUUUCCUUCAAAUCUUUUACAAAGAAUUCAACCAAUUCGCAAAUUUGGAUUUCCAUAUUGCUGGUGAAUCAUACGCUGGUCAUUACAUUCCUGCUAUUGCCGCCGAGAUUAACAACAAUAAUAAAGGAACUUCAUCGUGGGUUCUUUCAAGGCCAGAGGGAUUACAGGAUCUUUUACAUAUCAAUCUUGAAUCAGUUUUAAUAGGCAAUGGUCUUGUCGAUCCACUGGUUCAAUAUGAAUAUUACCCAAAGAUGGCAUGUAAUAACACAUAUAAGCCAGUUUUGGAUCAAGAUACCUGCGACAGUAUGGCUGAAGCGUAUCCUAAAUGUGCUAAGAUGAUUAGCAAUUGUUAUGAGAGACCUAGUGUCUUUACUUGUCUUCCGGCUUCAAUGUAUUGUAACAAUAAAAUGAUUCAACCUUAUCAAGCUUCCGGACAAAAUCCUUAUGACGUUAGAGUUGAAUGUGAAGGAGGCCAAUUGUGUUAUCCAAUCCUUAAAGCCAUUGAAAAGUACUCCAAUCUUCCUGAGGUCAAGAAUGAAUUAGGUGUCAGCGAUGAAGUCAAAUAUGAGAGUUGUAAUAUGCAAAUCAAUUUUGCUUUUCAAAUGUCAGGAGACUGGAUGAGACCAUUCCAUCUUCUUAUUCCAGAAUUGUUAAAAUCAAACAUAGAUGUAUUAGUAUAUGCAGGUGAUGCUGAUUUUAUUUGUAAUUGGUAUGGAAAUGAAGCUUGGGUUAGAGAAUUGGAAUGGGAAUACAAAGAAGGAUUUAAUGCAGCAGAAGAUACAAAAUGGAUUACGGAAAAAACAUCCUCUCAUGCAGGAUAUGUCAGGUCUCACAAUGGAUUAACAUUCUUGCGCGUAUUUGAAGCAGGCCAUAUGGUUCCUUAUGACCAAGCGUCAGCCAGUUUAGAUUUCUUUAAUAGAUGGAUUAGUAAGAAAUCUCUUUAAAGAGAAUAUUCAUUUAUACUUUUUUUUUUUUGAAAUAAUUAUGUAAUAAUUUUAAUUUCAGCAAAUAAACUUUGAAUCAUUUAAAUUUUUUUGUAAGCAA